GCGGCUCGCCAUGGCGCUGUCGCUCAUCCAGGCGUGCCGCAGCCUGGCGCUCUCAACAUGGCUGCUCUCCUUUUGUUUCGUGCAUCUGCUCUGCCUGGACUUCACCGUGGCCGGCAAGGAGGAGUGGUACACCGCCUUCGUGAACAUCACCUACGCCGAGCCCGCGCCGGGGCCCGGGGCCGGGCCGGCGGGCGGCGGCCCGGAGCUGCGCUCGGAGCGCAGCGAGUGCGGGCGCUACGGCGAGCACUCGCCCAAGCAGGACGCCCGCGGCGAGGUGGUGCUGGCGAGCUCGGCGCACGAGCGCCUGGCCUGCGACCCCAACACCAAGUUCGCCGCGCCGGCCGGCGGCAGGAGCUGGAUCGCGCUCAUCCCCAAGGGCAACUGCACCUACGGGGAGAAGAUCCGCACCGCGUCCCUGCAGAACGCCUCGGCCGUGGUCAUCUUCAACGUGGGCUCCGGCGCCAACGAGACCAUCACCAUGCCCCACGCAGGUGUGGAGGACAUCGUGGCCAUAAUGAUUCCUGAGCUGAAAGGGCGGGAGAUCGUCAGCCUCCUGGAGCGGAACCUCACCGUCACCAUGUACAUCACCAUCGGCACCCGGAACCUGCAGAAAUACGUGAGCCGCACGUCCGUGGUGUUCGUAUCCAUCUCCUUCAUCGUCCUGAUGAUCAUCUCCCUCGCCUGGCUGGUCUUUUAUUACAUCCAGAGGUUCCGCUAUGCAAACGCCAGGGACAGGAACCAGCGUCGACUGGGAGAUGCAGCCAAGAAAGCCAUCAGCAAGCUCCAGGUCAGGACCAUCAAGAGGGGCGACAAGGAGACAGAGCCUGAUUUCGACAACUGUGCCGUCUGCAUCGAAGGCUACAAGCCCAAUGAUGUGGUCCGGAUCCUGCCCUGCCGGCAUCUUUUCCACAAGUCCUGUGUUGACCCCUGGCUUCUAGACCACCGCACCUGCCCCAUGUGCAAGAUGAACAUUCUUAAAGCCCUAGGGAUCCCGCCCAAUGCCGACUGCAUGGACGACCUGCCCACCGACUUUGAGGGCUCCCUGGGAGGUCCACCGACCAACCAGAUCACAGGCGCCAGCGACACCACCGUGAAUGAGAGUUCAGUCACCUUGGACCCUGCCGUCCGGACUGUGGGUGCCUUGCAGGUUGUCCAGGACACAGACCCAGCUCCUCAGGAGGGAGACGCCAUCUUCACUGCUAACAGGAUAAAGGCACAGAGAUUAAUGCAGUGACCCCGGUCACAGGCUAGUGAGCCCCUCCAGCUCCACAGUGCCCAGAGGACGACCAAGGGGACAGAUGGCCAGUGUUGCUCAAUCCCUUCUCCUUUAUUCUCUUCCUCCCUGUAUCUAAAUUACUGAAAAAUCUAAAAGGUUGGGCUCCUCCUUGCAUUCUCAUCCCUACCUGUUCCUCUCCUGGGGUCCUUCGAGUCCACACAGAAGCCACUUCAGCUCUAAAGGGGAGAGCGGAGAGCAGGCUGCCUUUAGGGAGACAGUGGGAGAGCCGGCAUUAAAGAUCCUUUUCCCAGCAAAAGGAAAAGCAUUUACAAAGCCAAGGCAAUCUGGACGUGUGGCCAGUCUGACAUUUGGAGAGGGGCGCCCGUGUGCAGGCCUGAGGUGUCCCCGACACUCCGAUGGGAAGCCCCCACCCCAUGUCUCCCUCACUCCCACCCAGGCCCCUCUUUACCUGCAUGCCUGGUGCCCGGGAACAGCUUUGCCUUCUGAAUUCCCAGCCCAGACAGCAGACUGUGGAAUUUGCUUCAGCAGGAAAAACAUUCCUUCGACCCAAAGGAAAACACAGCUAAACCAACAGCUCUGUGGUCCUGCAGCCUCCAGGCAGGAGCUAGAGAAAGACACAGAGGACAAGGCUACCGCCCUCCCCAAACACCAGCGCCUUCAUGUGUCCUCUGAGGGCCCUCAGAGCUGCCCACCGGAGCUGCGGCCCCACCGGGUCUAGCACAGCCGCCAGCUCAGCCCCGCUUGCCAUCCUUCCUCAAGCUGCAAGGAGUCAGCAGACCCCCCGGGGGUGGGGAGCUGGAGGCACGUGCAGGGGACAGAAUCAAGAUGGCAAAGGCAGGAAGCUGCCCACCUGCCACGGGAGCACCGGGAGCCGCCCACGUCCUCAGCUCGGCUCCACAGGACACUGCUGGUCCAUGUUCCACCAGCCCGACUGCUGAGGUGUGUUCAGGGGUCCGUGUUGCUGCAGCCACUUUAGACACACUGAGCGUCUACAGGACCCCUGGCCCUGUGUGAAGAUCCCUGCAUGCCCAGAGUUUUCUACUCUGAGGCAAUUGACAGUCCUGACAGUCUCCUCCUUAGGUCCAAGUACAAAGGGUAGCUUUCCCUGACGGCUUUUCCUUUGUGAUGCCUGUGAGUCAGGACAGAGGGGUGUCUCCUGCUUACUCACAGGCCUCCUGCUGCCCUCCGUCUGCUGAGGUCCCCUCAGGCCCCAGGAGGUCCCUUGAGGCCAUCGUGAACCCAGUGCUGCUCACCCUCCCACGUCGCCUCUCCCUCGCAGCAGCUGUCUCCCACCCCAGCCCACUCAGCCUUCUCCCUGCAGACCCCAGCCAGGCAGAGGCGAAGGCCCCAGUCAGCUCCAGCUUGAGCCAGUUUCUGAGUCGCACCUCCAGGGGACAUGAUUCAGAGUCUGUUGGGGGCCCUCAUCACUGGGUGUGGCAGUGCCCCCCCUUCGAUCUUACUCAGCAUGGAACUGCCUCUGCAGACUGUUUCCCAGGUCCCGGCCUUCCUCACCUCCACUCUCUCCUGUUUAUGUCUCUGAGUGGUUAGUGAGGUCAGAGUCACAACUGACAGCAGAACACAGGCCCAGGGACGGGGCCCAGGGAGGCCGCCUCACAUGCUUUGCCGUCCACAACUCUUCUGUGGGCAGAGGCAGGAAUGUCCCAGCAGAGAAUUCAUCCUGGAGAGAUGCAUCCUGAACAACUUGCUGGUCGCCUUAGCUGCCGUCGCUUCUGGAAGAACCUGGAGAGAGGUCAGCCUUCAGUGGGGGGAAAUACAUGCUUCAGAAAGCUCUGCUGGGACAGAAAUAAUUGUCAAAGCACAGCCAAAACUGCAGCCCAGAAACCACUCAUGUUAGGAGAAAAAUAAGUCACUAACAGCCUGCACCGCCAUCACCAAGCACUCCCCGGGGACACACACUCCAUGCUAAUUAUGGAAGAAACUUCCAGACUCUUCAUUCAGAGACUGGGUGUCGUCUCUGGGAUGAUUCACUCUGUCAUCUGAGGGACUCGAUAUAGACCUCUCGGGGGAUGCGCCGUUCCUACAGGCACAGGCUCUGAAAACGAGGCCAGAAAUGACAUUCACGCUGCUUUGUUCUAAGUUUGGAUUGGCUAUUUUGGGAGCAGUGAUGAGGCUUGCAGAACACACACAAGGUGUAACAGCCCCUCAGCUCGCUUUGACCACUGCCCAAACAUGAACAAGACAAAGGGGGGG